CAUAUCUAAGGAUAUUUUCCGGUUUUUCCCUAUAUAUAAUUACUCCCUACAAUGAUACGUAGUACAAGUCUUAAACCCUGAACCCACGACAUGCGCUAAACCCUUGAACUAACGACGGCCUUAAGCCCUAGCUUCCUUGCUGUAGAAGAAGAGAGAACAAAGAAAACAUAUUUUUUGUAACAUUGUUGAAGCACAGAUGUCGCUUGACGGGAGCUUUCGUCUUGAAUCCCAGCUUGAGAGGUUUGUUAAUCGGCGCCCCAAGCUUGCCAAGGUUCAGCUAUUCGUUUACCUACUGAAUAAGGGUACUGAGCUUACUGAAGGAGAAGUUGUAAAUGCAUUGGGAGAAUUGGUUCUGCACCCGAAUUAUACUAUACCGUUGGUGGGAUGUUUUCUACCGAUAGCACGCAAAGUUAUUGACAGGGCAGUGGAGCUGCUUCGUUUAGUGCCUGACUUGAGUUCAGAUAAGGAUGAUUUGAUGACGGAUUUUGAUGAAGAAAGAUUUAUUGCAGAAGAUGAAGGUUAUGACCCUGCCGACGUUACACAUUUUGUUGAUGUUUACGUCAGAAAUGGGAAGGGUUUGAGGCUUCAUGAACUUGCAUGUCUUGCAUUCUGUAGGGCACUCGAUUUGGUUCCUCAUUUGAAGGAGUCAAUUUUUAGUUAUUUUAGUUUUGCUCCACCUCCUUUCCAAAGGAUAAAAAAGAAAGAAUCAUUUGGUGAAGAUUUUGCUGUGGGAGGAACUUGUCUUGUAGAUAUUGUAAGAGUCUCGUAUCGUUAUCUUUUGUCAGCGUCGGAGUUUAUAAUGUUAUGGAACUGGUCCUGUUUUAUAGACCUUGUGAAGAAGUAUACUGAUAUCCCUGUUAAUACCAAUGACGAGCUGAAGAAAAAUUUCUCUGAUAUAAGAUGGUGUGGGAAAAAAAUAUUAUCGGUGGUUCUCAGCUUAAGUUCAAAUGCAAGUCUGAAUGCUGAAGAAGAUCUUUUGUGUUUAUUGAGGUGGCAAGAAUUUUGUCAGGAUGUAUCGAUAGAAAAAGCUGGCAUGUAUAUUGAAACUUCAAAGGGAAAAGAUAAAAAUUUGGGUGUUGAGUUCAAUGGGUUUGAUCUAGUUUAUUCAGCCCCUUCAACAAACUUUUGCUCCUUGAUUUCUUCCUCUUCUGCAGUACAUACAUUUUCACAAUCAAAGGAGAUCGCAAGGGGUGAAGGAAAACCAUUCACCUUAACUUCAGCUGUGAAGAAGAGUUAUGAGAUGGUCUUUUUAGCUGUGAAUCAGAGGUGGCCUGUUCUUUUGUAUGGUCCUGCUGGUGCAGGGAAAACUGCACUUAUAUCAAGGCUAGCACAAGAUUAUGGGAGUCAAGUUCUGUCUAUACACAUGGAUGAGCAAAUUGAUGGCAAGACAUUAGUAGGGAGUUAUGUUUGUGCCGAGCACCCAGGUGAAUUUAGAUGGCAACAUGGUUCUCUUACUCAGGCUGUUUCAAAAGGACUGUGGGUUGUCUUUGAGGACGUGGAUAAAGCACCACCAGAUGUUCAGUCUAUCUUAUUACCCUUGUUAGAGGGCUCAAGUUCAUUUUCCACUGGCCACGGAGAGGUAAUCAAUGUGAAUGAAGGCUUCCGCAUAUUUUCUACUGUCACAAGCUCAAAACUGGAUAUAUAUGCAGAAGGCAAUUUUUCUGUGAGUGCAUUUUGGAGAAGAAUCUUGGUUGGUACUCCUAGUGGAGAUGACUUGUUAAAAAUUGUGGAUGCAUGGUAUCCGAAAAUGAACCCUCUUGCAGGGAAACUUAUAGAUACAUUCAAACUUGUCAAUGAACUUUCAGCAUCUCAAACAGGAUCUAUAUCCUGCAGUACUCUCGGGCGAUUCUCAUUGAGAGAUCUCUUAAAAUGGUGCAAGAGAAUUGCAGGACAAGAUUUUCUCUCCUUCCAAGAUGGUUUGUCAAUCUGUGCUCGUGAAACUAUUGUUAAAGAGGCAUCAGAUAUUUUUGCAGCUUCAUUUUCUUCUGCUGAGAUCCGUUUGGCUAUAAUGAAUGGGAUAGCUAACUUGUGGUCAGUUGAUGAUGUUGAGAAAUUAUGUCUUAUAAAUAAGCCUAUGUUUCAAGAAAUUUCACAAGGCAAGAAUCAAUGUCUGACAUUAUAUGUUGGCCGGGUUGCCUUGGAGUGCUGUCAGAAAAAUUUCUGCCUUGACGAGAGACCUUUUGUUCAAAUACGCAAUUCGUUGCAUAUUCUAGAGAGAAUAGCUUGUUCUGUGAAGUAUAAUGAGCCUGUUCUUUUGGUGGGUGAAACUGGUACGGGUAAAACCACUCUUGUACAGAGUCUGGCAACAAAGCUUGGUAAAAAACUUGCAGUGCUGAACUUGAGUCAACAAAGUGAUGUUGCUGAUUUAUUAGGUGGGUUCAAACCAAUAGAUGCACGGUUUGUAUGCUUCCCACUAUACAAGGAGUUUGUGAAUCUUUUUGCUAGAACGUUCUCAGUGAAGGACAAUGAAGGGUUCCUUAAGCGUUUAAGUUGUUUUGUGGAAGAUAGAAAUUGGAAAAAGUUGCUGAUUGGUUUUCAGAAAGGUGUUGAAACUGUUGAAAAAGAACAAUCUAAGUCCGGUGCGAAACGAAAGAGGCCCUUGGAUAGGAAAGUUAAGAAGGAGUGGGAAAAUUUUACCAUUAAACUUGAAAAGGCUCGUGCUCAAAUUAAUGAUUCUGCUGGAGUUAUAUUUUCAUUUGUAGAAGGAGCUUUUGUUACUGCUCUAAAGAAUGGAGACUGGAUAUUACUUGAUGAGGUGAACCUAGCUCCUCCAGAGACCCUGCAGCGGGUUAUUGGUGUACUUGAAGAAGAGAACGGGUCGCUUUGUUUGGCAGAGAAGGGUGAUAUAACCUAUGUAGAAAGAAGUUCAAGCUUUCGCAUAUUUGCGUGCAUGAAUCCUGCAACAGAUGCUGGAAAAAGAGACUUGUCCUUCUCACUGAGGAGCAGAUUCUCAGAAUAUUUUGUUGAUGAUGUGGUGCAUGAUGAUGACCUAACUUUGUUUGUUAAUCAUUUUAUAAAGGAAGACCAGUCAAAUAAAGAAAUGGUUAGCAAAAUAGUGCAGUUUUAUAAAGCAGCCAAAAAUGAAGCUGAUGAAAGGCUGCAAGAUGGGGCUAACCAAAAACCCCAGUAUAGUCUGAGAUCUCUUAGACGUGCCCUUGAUUAUAUCCAAAAGGCAAAAACGAAGUUUGAACGCCAGGAAGCCCUUUUUGAUGGUUUUUGUAUGUUCUUUCUGAUAUUGUUGGAUGAACCUAGUGCUAAGUUAAUGAAUCAAUUGAUUUGUUCAUAUCUGUUGGGAGGUAAAAUACCUAAGCAAAUCCCAUAUGAACGUUACUUGGAUGAAAGACAAGCUCAAAAUAUUACAGCUGGUGGUUUAUUGGACAGCUAUGUCAUAACUAAGACUGUUGGGAAGCAUUUGCAGAACUUGGCGCGUGCCAUAUUUAUCAAAAGAUAUCCUGUUCUUCUUCAGGGACCAACUUCUAGUGGAAAAACUAGUCUUGUUCAAUAUCUUGCUGCAUUAACAGGUCAUGAAUUCGUGCGGAUUAACAAUCAUGAACAUACUGAUCUUCAGGAGUAUUUGGGUUCCUACAUUACUGAUGCUAGUGGGAAGCUUGUUUUCCAUGAAGGUGCACUUGUUAGGGCUGUGCGGAAUGGACACUGGGUAGUUUUGGAUGAACUUAACCUUGCUCCUUCCGAUGUUCUUGAAGCACUAAAUAGGUUGCUGGAUGAUUUCAGAGAGCUUUAUGUACCUGAAUUGCGUGAAACUCUUCGUGUACAUGAUGAUUUUAUGCUUUUUGCCACCCAAAAUCCACCAAAUAUAUACGGUGGUCGUAAGAUUCUGUCCCGAGCAUUUCGCAACCGCUUUGUGGAAAUCCAUGUUGAUGAAAUUCCAGACGAUGAAUUGACAACUAUUUUGGAGAAGAAGUGUAAAAUUCCUGCAAGAUAUGCUAAAGAGAUGGUUGAUGUUAUGAAGGAACUGCAGCUACAUAGGCAGAGCAGUAAAGUGUUUGCAGGGAAACAUGGAUUCAUAACUCCACGUGACCUGUUUCGCUGGGCCAACCGCUUCAAGGAAUUUGGGAUAUCGUAUGAGGACUUGGCUCGUGAUGGUUACUAUUUGCUGGCUGAGAGGCUAAGAGAUGAGAAUGAGAGAUGUAUUGUUCGCGGAAUUUUGGAGAAGAAGUUCAAAGUCAAACUUUCCGAGGAUUUCAUGUACAAGCAGGAAGGAGGAAGUGUUGGGAACUUUGAGGUUGGCAAGAAUCCAACAGUGUUAGAAAAUUUUGGGGACAUUGUUCUGACUAAAAGUAUGGAGAGAUUGUACUUUCUUGUGGAACGUUGUUAUAAGAUGCGUGAACCUGUCCUCCUUGUUGGUGAAACUGGUGGAGGGAAGACAACAAUUUGCCAAUUUCUCAGCAUCAUCUUGGGAUCCAAAUUACACAUAUUGAACUGCCAUCAGUUUACAGAGACUUCUGAUUUUCUUGGGGGUUUCUAUCCAGUAAGAGAAAGAUCAAGGAUUGCCAAUGACUUCAAAGAUAUAUGCAUGAAAUUGAUUGUUUCCAAGUCUUUUGUCCACUUUCCUGGGGAUUCAAAAAUUUCUUCCGAUAUUAAUCAAGCUACUACGAUUCUAGAUAAAGUGUCUAGGAUUAUUGGUAGUUAUAGACUUGGGUUGGUCUCCCAUCCUGAUGUGACAGUGGAAGAGCUUGAUUGUCUCAACAAUUUGAAUUUUCGAUUAGUUGAUCUGUAUCAUCAGUGGGAGACAAUCUUUAGGUGGAAAGACGGACCUCUUGUUGAAGCAAUGAAGAACGGGGAUCUAUUUCUGGUAGAUGAAAUUUCUUUGGCUGAUGAUAGUGUGCUUGAGCGAUUAAAUAGUGUGUUGGAGCCAGAAAGGAAGCUGGCUUUAGCUGAGAAAGGAGGAUCUGAUCUUGAGAAGAUAACUGCCCAUUCUGAUUUUUGCCUUUUAGCAACGAUGAAUCCUGGUGGCGAUUUUGGCAAGAAAGAACUAUCUCCUGCCCUUCGCAAUAGGUUUACUGAAAUAUGGGUACCUCCUGUUAGUGGCUUGGAUGAGCUUAAACUUAUUGCUCUUAGGAGAAUUUCAAAUCCACAGCUUGGCAGCUUCAUGGAUCUCAUGUUAAAAUUUUGGGAGUGGUUCAAUAAUUUGCAAACAGGAAGAAUGCUUACAGUGAGAGAUUUCAUAUCUUGGGCAUCUUUUAUUAAUGCAACUGGAGCAAUUUUACUACCAGAAUCUGCUUUCCUACAUGGGGCUUUCCUUAUUUUGCUUGAUGGUCUGAGUUUAGGCACUAAUAUCUCCAAGAAUGAGGCCUGCAGAUUGAGGGAAGAGUGUUUCUUAUAUCUUCUAGAGUUGUUGAAGGAUAUGGACUCUAGUUUUGGUAGCACAAGUCUCGCCAUUCUGGAGAAUUAUGGUUGGGCUGACUCUGCUGUUGAGCCUGAUGUAUGCAAUGAUGAAAUGCAAUGUGAUAGUCUCUUUGGUAUUCAUCCAUUCUAUAUUGAGAGAGGUGAUGAUCACAGUGGCGAUGCAAAGUUCGACUUCCAUGCACCAACAACACGAAGAAAUGUUUUGCGGGUGCUACGUGCUAUGCAACUUCCGAAGCCUGUUUUGCUGGAAGGUAGCCCAGGUGUUGGUAAAACCAGUUUAGUUGUAGCUCUUGGCAAGUCUUCUGGCCACACUGUUGUAAGAAUAAACUUAUCAGAGCAGACGGACAUAAUGGAUUUAUUGGGGUCAGAUUUGCCAGUGGAAAGUGAAGAAGGGAUGCACUUUGCAUGGUCUGAUGGAAUCCUUUUACAGGCACUGAAAAAUGGUUCUUGGGUUCUGCUGGAUGAACUCAAUCUUGCCCCACAAUCCGUCCUGGAGGGACUGAAUGCUAUUUUGGAUCACCGAGCGGAGGUCUUCAUCCCAGAGUUAGGUCUUACCUUUAAGUGCCCACCCUCCUUCAGAGUAUUUGCUUGUCAAAACCCAUCAUCUCAGGGUGGAGGACGGAAAAGCAUGCCCAAGUCUUUUCUUAACCGGUUCACCAAGGUUUAUGUGGAUGAACUGGUUGAAGAUGAUUAUCUUGCCAUCUGCACUUCAGAAUAUCCUAAAAUACCAAAUUCCGUACUUUCAAAUCUUGUCUUAUUUAAUAAAAGGUUGCAUGAAGACACAAUGUUGUUACACAAAUUUGGUCAUGAAGGUUCCCCCUGGGAGUUCAACCUGCGAGAUGUGCUUCGAUCCUGCGAAUUAAUACAAGGUGAAUGCGGAAAAGCAAAAUCUGAUUGCUUUUUGAAUACUGUUUAUUUGCAAAGAAUGCGGACACCAUCUGAUCGACAAGAAGUCAUGAAGCUCUUUCAUGCAGUAUUUCAAAUGAAGCCUUCUAUAAACCCAUACCCAAGGGUGCAACUCAAUUCACGGUGCUUGACCGUGGGUAGUGUCUCUCUCCAGAGAGUUCACCAUCAGUUAUCAUAUCAUGAGGUUAAAGUUUUACCGCAACUGCGCAAUAGCCUGGAAGCUGUGGCUGAUUGUGUGAAGCAAAAAUGGCUAUGCAUAUUGGUUGGCCCCCAGUCGUCUGGUAAAACUUCCUUAAUAAGGAUUCUUUCACAGCUUACUGGCAAUUUAAUUAAUGAGCUAAACCUUUCAUCUGCUACUGAUAUAUCUGAGCUGCUUGGAAGCUUUGAGCAAUACAAUGCCAUCAGAAAAUAUCGUCUUGCCAUUUCUCAAGUUCAGAAUUAUGUGCAUGAGUAUUGCUCCAUGGAGUUAGAGUCAUUGAGUGAGGCAUCCAAGAUAAGAGAUGAUCUUAGUGUUUUGUGGUUUGCCUUCACAUCAACCAUCAAUGUUGUGGCUUCAACAAAAUACGCCGAUUCCUUUCCUUUGUUAAUUAAUAUCAUUGAUCGUCUUAAGUCUGGUCUUGUUUCAUGUUCAUUGCCGGUCCGUAACACUUUGUCAUGGUCAAUGAGAGAUCUGGAUGUCAUUCUCACUACAAUAAAUAAAUGCAAUGACCACUUAAAAAGGAGAUGCGCAACAAAAUUUGAGUGGGUACCUGGAGUUCUCAUAAAAGCUAUAGAAAAUGGGGAGUGGAUAGUUCUGAAGAAUGCAAAUCUGUGCAACCCAACAGUUCUUGAUAGGAUCAACUCCUUGGUUGAGUUGUCUGGCUCUAUCACUAUUAAUGAAUGUGGUACUGUUGAUGGAAAACCAGUCAUUCUUCAUCCCCAUCCGAGGUUUCGUAUGUUUCUGACUGUCAACCCUGCGUAUGGUGAGGUAUCACGCGCAAUGCGAAAUAGAGGUAUUGAAGUUUAUAUGAUGGAACCUAUUUGGUUGCUUGAUAGAGGAUGUACAGAGCCAGUUGAAGUGACUGAGCGUGAAGAUGCAAGGAGAUUUCUUGUCCUUGCUGGUAUCCCUGUUGGUAAAUUACAUGAUAUAAUGGCACGCACACACAUCUAUGCCAAGAAUGAAUGUGCCCGGUAUAACCUGCAAAUCACACUUCUUGAGCUCUCACGAUGGGCGGGGUUGUUUCAAGAGCUACUUAUGCAGGGCAAUGAAUUGUCUUGGAGCCUUCAAAUAAGUUGGGAGCAUAUAUACGUUUCUUCUUUAGGUGAAGGCGUGGGAAGACAGAUAGUUGAUAAUGCUCGAAAAUCUCUUUUAUCAGGGUCAGAACUAAAAAAAAUUCAUUCGUCAGAAGAUAGCCUGUUAUGCUGGCCCGGUGGAUGGCCAACCCCGUUGAAGAUGAGGGAUUUUAUUUUUUAUUCCGAGGAGUCAAGUGUGAAACAAAAUUGCAUGUAUUUGGAGUUUCUAGGGUCUCAGUAUGCUUGCAACAAGCUUCGUUCUGUCUCAAGUCUGCAGCAAACUCUUCCUGCUUCUAGCUCUGUCCAAUGCUAUUUUUUUGAUAUUAGGAGCUUACAUGCAUUUAUGUGUCCUGCAGAUUCAGAUAAUCUAGAUAAAUACUAUUGUUAUAGGAAUGAUUUUAAUCCAAUUGUCGUUGAGAAAAUGCUUCUAUAUGCUGCAAACUGGGUGUUUGAGCAGGCAACUGAAAGUGAUUACAAGCUUUACCUUGUAUAUUUCAGCCAUCUUGCUUCUCUACUACGGGAAUCUGGUGAUUUCUUUCGUCGAUUUGUUGACGUGUUGCAAAAGGAACUAGAGCACCCUAUAUGGAAACUGAUCUUCGAGUUCCACACUAAGAUCACAUCUCAAAAUUCAGUUGCAGGAAACCUGAAUGUAAUGCGCCUACUAUCAGAGGAAGUUACGGAUCCAUAUGGGCCGCAAUAUGUAAAUAAUUCUGAUUGUGAAAAACUCAAAACCGCUAUUAGUAGUGUUAACUUACUGAGGCUAAGCUAUCAUCAGUGGAGCUGUGAGGCAGGAUACAAUCACAGUCAAAAACUCGACCUUGAACCCUUUUUUAGAUCUUUGCAGCAGUUGGAAGAUAAUGUUCUUCAAUUUUUUGGGAAGUCCCCUGAUCUGUUUUUGAAACCACUCAGCACUGAAGCACUUUGGCCUUUGUACAAUGAUCUUCUUGAACAUCACAUUCUGUUUUGGAACAGUUAUGUUUCAUCUGCUAUUGAGUCCACUGGUAAUGUCAUGCUUAUUUCCUGGCAUUCUUUAAUGAAGGUCUUGGCAAAGCUGGAGGACUUUUUCCCGGAACAAGUAAAAAGUGUGAAGAGUGAGAUGUGGAGGAUGGAUAAAGGCCCACACUGGUCUGCGCCUUUGCAAAAGCCUUUGCUGUGGGAUCAUGGUGGGCAUCCAUUUCAACCCUCUACUGCUGAAUUGUUUCAAAAGAGAUGUAAACUACUCAAGCUUUGUGAUCUAGUAUGGCCACGAAAGAGAAAGGCUUUUGAGCUGGAUGGAAACAAUGUGCCAACUGAAGCUGCACUAUCUUCAAAUCCAGAACUUCGUUUGCUCGCCAUGCAAGGUGUUUGCAUGUCAUCAUAUGCAAUGGAAAAAACUGAUGAAGGGCAUCUCAAUGUUGUUAACCAGUUGGAAGACAUAUACCAGACUCUCUUUAUAAGGUUAAACAUUGAAAAGAACAAGUUGGAAGGGAAUUCUUGGUCUAUUCAGCAAGAGCCCCAGCUAUCCAAUUCAUCCACUUGCUGUGUUUUCACUCCUGAAUUGUUGUCUGCCAAAUCUGGGAUUCUUUGCUGGCUAGAGACACUGCCCAUAGCUGAUGAUAUUGGGUUCAUUCUUGAAACAAUGUUACUUCAGCGUCUUUCCCAGAUUGAUUCUACCUAUGGCGAUGAACAACUUUAUGAAUUAACUGCAUUGGCUGGCUGCAUUGAGUAUACUUUGCACUUUUCUAUGAACUUUUCUCCCAGGCCACCCACAGACUUUAUGGGUUAUCAAAAGAUCUUGUGGACGCUAGAUGCUCAUGCAUCCGUGCAUGCAGUUAGUAAAAAGAUCUCAAGUUUCAUUCUUGAGAUGUGGUUUGCGUGGCAUACUGCUUUGUGGAACCCUUGCCAUGUUGUUUUUGAGAAUCUUUCCUGGGAUGGAUUUAAAAAUGGUGUUCUACCUGAUAGGCUUUUUAUGUCAGUGAAAAUGACUGCUAUUGAGAAAAUUCUGCAAGGUGCAUUUGCUGUUAGAGAUUACUCCAUGCACAGCCUGAAACUUAGAUCAUCAUCACGCCAUCUCUGGCAUGGUUCUAGAGAUGUUUCAAUAACCAAGUUCCUUUUAUCUGGUGCUCAGUCCCUUUUCCAGCAGAUCAUAAAUGCACACAGAAUGUCAUUUGAAGCAGACAAGUACAUGAGAAUCAAGUCUUUCUUUCGUUCUACUCGCGAGAAGAUGAUCACGGAGAAGGAUGUGAAGGACGUGAUUUCUCUUCUUGCAUCUUCAAACCAUAUACAUUUUACAUCAUUGCUUAGCCUCUUAAUUGAGCCAUUGCUCCGUGUCCUUUAUCUCCCAUGUUCAAGUGAUAUUUUGCGUAAUAUGGGGUCUGCAUGGUUAAUGGUUGGUGCCUUACGAUACUGCCUUCUGAUUAGUCACGCAUAUUUGGAUCCCACUUUAAAAUACUCUGUAAAGCACUCUCAGCUCACACAAAAAAUUGCUUCCCUUGAGCUUGAGAAUCAGGUAAGAAGACAGAGUACUUACUUAGCAGGUUCUUUUCAGUUAAGAGAAGAUGAUAAACAUACUAAUGUGCUGGAGGGCCUCAACAAUAAGCUGAGGAAUCUUAAAAAAAAGAUUGUAUUCCGCUCUGAUCCUGGGAAGUUCAAGAAUUUGAAAUACCACUGUGAUGAUUUUCUUAAGUCGGUCCAGAGGGUUUUUAGCUGGAUUACAUCCGCAAAAAGUGAGCAUGUGGAGGAUAUGUCUGAUCAACUCCGAAAUUGGCAGAGGGUUUUUAGCUGGAUUACAUUUGCAAAAAGUGAGCAUGUGGAGGAUAUGUAUGAUCAACUCCAAAAUUGGCAGGAGACAUGUACACGCUUUAUUGAGCGGCUUUCAGAAGAAUAUGCUGAUUACGUGGAUAUAGUUCAACUAAUACAGAUGUCAAUAUAUGAAAUGAAAUUAGGCUCCUCUCUUAUUCUUUCAAAUGCUUUAGCUAGAAAGUUACUUGAUAAACAAGACAUGGAUUCUGUUCUGGGGACAAUAUAUUCCUUUAUGAGAUUCCCAAGGGUAUGUGCAAAAAAAUGUGCAUCCUACAAGGGUGACAGUACCCUGUACAAGUUAUCCUGGAAUGAUAUUGAGCUGCCUACAGAUGUCAACACACUGGACUUGCAUUUUCUUGAGGAUCUUGUUUCUACCAAAGAUGAUAGCAUUGCUGAUGGAAUGAUCUCAGCUUCUCUGUACCACAAUAUUCUAGUUCGAUUGAUGCACUCUGCAGCUGAUGCUCACUUCAUGGAUAACUCAUCAUUUGCACUUCUGGAGAAGAUAUUUGAUGAUUUUGCAAGGCGUUGGUUGCACAUGAAACUGCAUAUCAGAAUGAAAGAAGAAGACAAUAGCGAUCAACUAGUCAGGUUCCGAUCGCGCCCGCUUAAGAUAGAAAAUAUCCUUGACAGUGAUAUUUCCAAUUUGGAAAGUGCUGCUUCAUAUGAGAGUUUCUCAGAUUGGAAGGAAAUGUUCUGUGGUGAUGAAAUCUCUGACAAUGAGAAAACUGAGAAGGAAUGUGAAACCCCAGAGGAUGAAUGGAAUUCUGUUGAAGAGCCCAUUAUAAAUGACAUGAUCCACAUUCACAAUCAAAUAUUUGGUUCAGUAGAUCUUGUUGAAAAUCCUGGAAAUAUUCACAUAUCUGAUACAGACAGAUUGUCUUCUUUCAUCGAAUCAUAUUCACUGGGUGUAAGAAUGAAAAAAGGUUUAGAUGGUUUCUUCUGCUCAAGUUUGGAUGCUAAGGUUGUUCCAGAAAACUUACUUCGCCUGUGUUUGGAGCAUAAACAGAUAUUUGUUUCUCCUAGUCAAUCAGGGCUUGCAUACAACUUUUAUAAGGAUUCAAAUGCACCUGCUAUGGCAUCAAUGGUAGCUCCUUUAACUUCUCUUAAACAGAAAGUUCUCGAUCUUUUGAAUGAAUGGGAUAACCAUCCUGCUCUUCAGAAGAUAGUUGAUAUUAUUGACAUGCUCUUGGCUAUUCCUCUAAGUGCUGCUCUCGCUAAGGCUCUCUCUGGCUUGCAUUUCUUGCUUAAUCGAGUCAACAUGUUAUUUCAGACAGUUGCCAAGUUUCCAUUGUCUGAUCAAAUGAGAUGUAUUUUUAGUUUGGUGUCCUCGUGGCAUAAGCUGGAGUUUGAAUCUUGGCCUGCUUUGCUUAAUGAAGUUCAAGAUCAAUUUGAGAAGAAUGCUUCAAAGUUAUGGCUACCGUUGUAUUCAGUACUUCAGCCUAAACAGUGUACUGACAAUAUUGGAUAUACUUCGUCUGUGGUUGAAAGCUUGGAGGCAUUUUUUCAAACGUCCUGUGUUGGUGAUUUUAGAAAGCGCCUUCAACUACUUGUUGCUUUUCAUGGACACCUGAGUAAUUGCAUGCUCAGAGAUUCUUCUUCAAGCCCUGAGGAGAUUGUGAAAGUUCUAUAUAACAGUUUUGGCUAUUAUGUGCAGUUCUUGCCAAUGGUUUUGGAUCACAUGGAUUCCAGUAAAUGGAAUAUUGAGAAGGAACUAAAAGAGCUUGUGAAGCUGUGUCGAUGGGAACGAGUUGAGGAUUAUGCGGACCUAGAGAGCUUUGGGCGAACUAGGCGUAAACUCAAAAAACUUGUUCAGAAAUUUACCGAUUUACUUCAACAACCUGUUAUGUUGAUUAUCAAUCAAGAAGUAAAAGGAAGGGGACUAAGUUCUCAAACCAUCCAAGACACAAUUUUUUCAGUUGACUUUUAUGAGAGGAGCAGAAAUAUUCUUAAUGCACUUUGUGAUCAGAUUGAGUUCAUAAAGAAUAGUCCUCUAUAUGCUGCUUGGUGGAAGGAAGUUGAGGAUGUUGUUCAAGAUCUGCAUGUCAGCAGUAAAACAGAAACUUGUUUGGCUGGCAUUUCCUUUAAGGAAAACAUUAUAGAAGUCAGAAGGAUUCUAAAGGAUGGAUUACCACCUCAGUGUUCACAGAUUUCAUGCUCUGGUAAUUGGAAUCAACUUUGGCAUACAAUUGAUGAAAUAUGUAGGACUCUAAUUGGUUGUGUGGAGGUGUGGAAUGAUGAUAAAAAGAAGUCAAGUAGAAGAAGAGUUUUUUCAGAUCUACUCAAGGUCUUGGAUGUGUGUGGGUUGUCUAAGCACAGAUCAACAUUCAAAGAGGGCCAACUAGAAUCCAAUGCAUCAAUAUGUUGGCUUCUUCAGCCGUCAUUCGAAGUGCGGGACUUGCUCAUGACGAAAACUGGGUUAUCAUCUGGUGUUGCUGAAAAUCUCAUUCUUAAACAGCUUCAGGCCUCUUCUGAUGAAAAUUUUAAUUCUAAAUGGAAAUCUGCUAAUCAGUACUACUUCAAGAGCAUCAAAUCAAUGAAACUAUUGCAGAAUAUUAGCCUAAACUUCCAUAAGGAUUUUACUCUCGAACAGGUUGAGAGGUCAGGGUCCUACAUUGACCAUCUUCUUACUAUUCAACAAGAGCAGCGUGCAGCUGUCUAUGCUUUUGCUCGUCAACUUGCGCAUUUUAAGGAGUGUCGUUUACCUUUGGUCAAUAUAUUCAUGGACUCCCUUUUUUCUUCAGAUGGUAACACUAAUCUGUGUUUGACCCAAAACCAUUACAAGUGUUUUAAUUGCUUGUGGCAGCAAAAGCAUCUCUUUGAUGGCUUAUAUUGCCUGUUGCAUGAAGAGCGUUUGUUCUUACAAACAGUACUGGAUAACCAUUUGAGUCCUUGCACAAGUGUCAGACAGUCUGCAACGGAUUUUCUUCUUUUCAUUGGAAAACACAUUCCAGUUAUUAAACAAUCGAAGGAUUUGCUGGAUGAUCUUGUUCUUGGUAUUGAUAGAGCUACAACCACAACCAUAGGGGAGGCCCCAUUGCAUCCUUGUGGCAUUACAGAACACUUGGAGAAAAGGUUAACUCAAAAUUUUGAAUUGAUUAAGUCCCUUGAGAAUGAACUCCACAGUUUCCGGAGUCAAAUUGGCGAUAGAGAAGCUGCAGUUGAAAAUAUUCUGCUUGAGCAUUUCACUGAUAUAUUUGAGAAGGCCAACUUCAUAGCUGGACAGUUCGGUGCUGAUUGCUACUCUUCAGAAAAUGAUGUUUAUUCUAGUUAUCAUUCGGAAAACAUCAACGAUGCUGAAAAUAAUUUUGGUUUGUUCCUGAUGGAGACCUGCAAUUAUAUGAUGGACACUCUUCAUGCUAUGGGCUCACUAGGGAAUGAUCUUCCUGAUAAGCUGAAUGUUGGUGUGUGGAAGGAGCUCCUGCAGUCAAAUAUAGUAACACUCCAACUGGAUGUGAUCAGUGAUAGAUUACUUAAGACCAUCUGUGUAGCUAGAAAAAUAUUGAAUUAUUAUGGCCGCCAAAAUCAAAGUUUAACUCUGCGUACAUCCGACCCCCCUUAUCCCACCGUAAGUGAGAGCCUUUGCAGCACUCAGGCAAUGAUGAUGAUUAUUAGAACACAUCUAAAAUAUCUAUAUUGCUUGUCAAAUGCAAUUAUGGCUAUUGGAGAAGGUCUUCUGCACUGUUCUCUGGACAUGCAUAGGAUGGUAUCUGUAAUGACUCAUGUCCUAGCAGAAGUUUUUUCUUCACUGUUCUCCAAUGGUUAUGGUACUAAAGAAGACCAAAUGAACGAUUCCUGUCAAGAUGAAAUUCCAAAUGCAAGUGGUACGGGUAUGGGUGAGGGCACUGGAUGUAAUGAUGUCAGUGAUCAGAUAACUGAUGAAGAUCAACUCAUUGAGGCUUCUAAACCAAAUGAGCAAGAGAAUAAUGAUUCUAAUGACUUGUCAAGUGCCAAAGAUAAGGGAAUUGAGAUGGAAGAAGAUCUUACAGGUCCUGCGUAUAGUCUUAGUACAGAUUCCGUUGAUGACAAAGAUGGCAAUGAAGAGGAGGAUGGGGAAAUAGAUUCUGCUAUGGGUCCCACUGGUGAUCACAGUGACAAAGUUGAUGAGAAACCUUGGGACAAGAAAGGUGACGAAGAUGAUGACAGUAUAGAUGAGAAGUAUAAGUCUGCGCAAUCAGUAACCGACAACGGAAAUGAUCGGGAACUCCAAGCCAAAGAUGAUACUUCCUCUUAUGAUGAUGAGAAUAAUGAAAGAGAGGGGUGCGAUCCUGGGGAGUCUGAUAAACAACAUGAUGAAAAUGGGAACGCAGAAAGGCCUGAUGAUGAAACAGAAGACAUGAAUAUUGAUGAAGGAAAUGCAUAUGUGGAUCCUGCAGGGUUGAAACUUGAUGAGCAAGAUGCAGAUCAAGAAGAUGAUGGCGGUGAUUUGGAUCCAUCAGAACAAACUGAACCCAUGGAGGAAGAUCAUGCAAAUCCAGAUGUCUCUGAUAACAGUGAGAAUGAUGAGGAACCUACUGACUCAAAGGAUGACAUUCUGGGAGAAACUGAUGACAAACACAUUGAUGAGAAAAUGUCUGGUGGAGCUCAAGAGGAGGACAUCCAUCAUGAAAGCGACGCAAACGAGAAACAACUCGUGCCAAAUGGAGAUGUUAUUCAGCCUAAUGCUUCCCCGUUUGCUGCUCAAACUGAGCAGAAUGGUCAAAGUGGACUAGAUCUACCUGAGUCCAAAGAUGAUAACCCUGAUGCCGAAAAGUUGAAAAACUCAAGCAAAGAGGCAGAACGGUCGAAUGGCGGUGGACUGGAGCAUAACCUUGCUCCUGGUGGAGGCUCUGAUGCAUAUGAUCAAGAUAUCAUGGUGGCGGACUCAUCUAGUGGCGACAAGUUACUAAGUGGUAAUAGAAAUGAAACUCCAAUCCCUCAAGAUAACUCCUCAUCUGUGUGUAGGAAUCAGCCAAAUCCGUGUCGUAAUGUUGGAGAUGCUCUUGAUGGAUGGAAAGAGAGAGUAAACGUUUCUACUGAUAUAGAGGAUAACUUACAGAGUGCAGAUGACUUGGAAGAUAAUGAUGCAGUUGAAUAUCGAUAUACAGGGGAGUUCGAUAAGGGGACAGCCCAAGCAAUUGGGCCAGCAACGACUGACCAGAUUGAUAGAAAUGUGAAUGGAAAUGAUGUUGAAGGUGAUGCUGGAGUGAACGAGAGAAAGGAACAUGCUAGUGAAAUGGAUCUCAGUAAGCUCCAACUUCAUUCCCAAGCUAUUGUUUGUUCUGCUUCCAAGUUCAACAAUGAUAUUGAAAUGCCAUUGGAGAAGUUGGAAACAGACGAGCAACCUGAACAGUCUGCUGAAGAGGAUAGAGGAGGUCAUGUCGGAAGUAGUUCAUCCUUGAAUCUGAUUUCAGUGAUGAGGAAUUAUUUAAACGAGGAUAUAAAUCAAUUCAGCAAUCUCUCCAUGACUGAUGAUGAUGACUUGGGUAAGGGCUGCAAGCUAGAAGAAGAAUCAACAGGUGACAUGAAAGAUGCGGCUCUUUGGAGAACUUAUGAACUUCGCACCACAAGGCUUUCCCAGGAGUUAGCUGAGCAGUUACGCUUGAUUAUGGAGCCCACUCUAGCCAGCAAGCUCCGAGGGGAUUACAGGACAGGCAAAAGGAUCAAUAUGAAAAAGGUAAUUCCCUAUAUUGCAAGUCAUUAUCGGAAAGAUAAGAUAUGGCUGCGCCGUACAAAGCCAAACAAACGUGAUUAUCAAGUUGUCAUUGCUGUGGAUGAUUCUCAAAGCAUGUCUGAAUCACGUUGUGGCCGUGUCGCUAUGGAAGCUUUGGUAACGGUGUGCCGCGCAAUGUCUCAGUUGGAGGUGGGAAAGUUGGCUGUUGCAAGCUUUGGGAAAAAGGGGAAUAUCCGGCUGUUGCAUGAUUUCGAUCAGCCGUUUACUGGAGAGGCUGGAGUUAAGAUGAUAUCAAGUUUUACAUUUAAGCAAGAGAACACAAUAGCAGAUGAACCAAUGGUUGAUCUGGUGAAGUAUUUGAGCAAUAUGCUUGAUGAAGCUGCCUUAAAUGCAAGGCUACCAACUGGAGAUAGCCCUCUCCAGCAACUUGUUUUGAUAAUAGCAGAUGGUCGGUUUCAUGAGAAGGACAAAUUGAAGCGGUGUGUGAGAGACCUAAUGAAUAAAAAGCGCUUAGUUGCAUUCCUUCUGCUGGAUAGCCCUGAAGAGUCCAUUACGGACCUUCAGGAAGCCACAUUUCAGGGGGGAAGCGUGAAGUUCAACAAGUAUUUGGAUUCGUUCCCAUUCCCGUAUUAUCUGGUGUUGAAGAAUGUAGAAUCCCUUCCCAGGACGCUAGCUGAUUUGUUGAGACAGUGGUUCGAGCUCAUGCAGUCCUCAAGAGACUAAGGUUGUUGUACUAGUCAACAUUCAUUUUCCUUCUUCACCCCACCCCACCUCACCCCCCAAAGCCCACACAAAAAUUCAUUGAUAGUAGUAUGAUGUAUCGAGAGAAGGCAGGUGAGAAAUUCUGUACGUGGACAGCCUUCACCAACAGUAGUGGGCAAAUUCAAAUGCGGGGGCUCAAUGGAAUUUUGGCAAGCUAUAUAACAUUCAGCGGCUAUGCUAUAGAAUAUUUAUAAUACAUGUCUUUUGAUUAAGCUGGCUUAGUAUUUUUAAUUUCAUCCUUGUGGUGGUGUCUAUAUUGUGUACUUUUUUUGGGAUCAAAUGUAAAUAUAUAUUAACACCCAAGAAACUAUAUAUCAAGUGUCCUAGAUCUCCUAAACCUUCCACCCCACAUUAUCCCACAUAAUGUAGGGGUGAAAGGAGGGUUUUUUCUCGAUCUAAUCCACGCCCAAGAGGCAAGGACCAAGUAUAAAUACUUGUCCAAUCAAAAAUCAAAAUAUGCGGCGGUGGCACACACACAGAUCAUACAAUACAAUGAAAUCAAAGCAAAAAAUGAAAGGUGUUGCUAGUGGCAUACACCCUAAAUCCAGACUAAUGCCUCAUAACCGUAGCAUCCAAGAUAUCCAUGCCGCAGUACCGAAUCUGUCUAAGCAGGGAUGGCGCCAAGUAAUAGGUUAUGGUGUCAAAUGACACCACUCAAAGUAUGUAUUUAGUGUAUAUAUUUGUAUAUAGAGAUAGUAUAUUCUCCUAUCUCACAAGUCUUUCAUGUAUGAUUGAAAGAAUAAUGUUGAGGAUACUAGUAUUUAAUUAGAUAGUGAAUUCACAUUAUUUGAGGAUUGCCAUGUUUUACACCAAAACAUGGCAGUUAUUGCUUCUAUUUAGAAAAUAAAAAUAUAAUAUCCAUGUUUUGGAAUACACAAAUGUUUUUAGUCCUAUUUAAAGAAAAUACUUUAUAUUAUUUUGACACCA